GCGCCUCGCCGCAGUGUGCCGCAGCGAGUGGUACCGACCGGCACCGAGCCGCGCCGCCGUCCCGCCGCGCCGCCGGACCACGCUAUCGCGGAUCAUCGCCAAGGGUCAUGAAUGAGGAGGUGGAUCUCAGCAAGGAGGAGCUCUCCGUGAGCCUAGAGAGCCCCUCCGCCGACGGCAGCGACGGCAACCCCCUCGGCGUGGCCCCGGCCGUCCUGGUGGCCGUGGUGCUGGGCGUCGUCUGCAUCGCGGUGCUGCUCUUCUCCAUGGCCUUCUUCAUGGACCGACGGAAAUCCGGGAGUGCCAAACCUGAUAGAAGCAGUAGGGGAUCAUCAUCCCAGAGGUCAACUAAGGUCACCAUUUUAGACGAUAUGUGUCCAGAUCCAAUGUCGGACCCACCAGCAGCAGCAUCAGCAUCAACUGACGUUUCACUUCCUGGAACGUCGAGCGAAUGCUGAAUACGCAACACUGUGAUCUUUCCCUUAUAUCUGUUAACUCACUCGUUGUAUUUUGUAUUUUUGGGUGUUUACUCGUUACUGGUGUUAUACAUGCAUUUUUAGCAUGAAGGACAAGUAUGUGUGACUUAAAAUAAAUCAGUUUUAAGCCAAACAUGACAGUGAAAAAUUUGUUAAAUAGUAAUAUGAGUAAAAUUUGUAACUAUGUAUAUAAUAUUGUAAAAACCAAAGAUUGAAAAUAAAUUAUUGUGCUAGUCAAUGUACUGUGUCUAACUUG